AUGAAAGAUCCGGUGAUUGUUGCCACCGGCAUCACCUACGACAGAGAGAGUAUUCAACGGUGGCAGUCCCAUGGAAAAAACAAGAGUUGUCCAGUCACCAAUCAACUGCUACCCAUCGCCUCAGAAUUCACUCCUAACCACAAUCUCCGCCGCCUCAUCGAAGCAUGGUGUGCAUCCGAUCGAGUUGUUCCAGCACCAUCGAAGCAAUCCUCUUUGCAGCUGAAGUUAAUCGCCAUAAACCUCAUCAAGAACCUCAAGCUACAAGAGCUACAACUUGAAUCACUUAAAACUUUCGAAAGUCUUGCAUCCGAAAGUGAAAAUAAUAGAAUUUGCUUCAAAGAUGUUGGUGUUGUUAGAGCCAUGGUUACCAUCGUUGUUUCCUGUUAUCAGAAUGGCACAACCGUUGGUCUAAAAGAAGCUCUUAACGUUCUUUAUCUUGUUGGAUUUACUGAAGACGAAACACGCUCAGUUCUUGAAGAAUACGAUCGAAUCCUAAAUUCCUUAACAUGGGUAUUGGGGUUUGAUGCUAGUUAUAAUGAUACAACAAUGAAACUCCACGCAUUAGUUUUACUAAAAGACCUCCUCAACUACGGAAACUCGCAUGUUAUUGAGAGAUUGAAGCUGGAUUUCUUCAAGACGAUUGUAGUUAUUCUUAGACAACGAGAAACUAAGAAUCUUGAAGAAAGAAUCAAGGAGGGUUUACAUGUGUUGCUUAGCACUUGUACCUGGCCAAGAAACUGCUCGAUGAUGAUUCAAGCAGGAGCUGUUUUUGAGCUUGUGGAGCUCGAGCUUGGGUCGCCAAACAAGGAAACCACCGAGUUGAUUAUGGCAGUGUUGUUUCAUUUAUGUUCUUCAGCCGAUGGGAGAGCUCAACUUCUUGGUCAUGCAGCCGGAUUAGCUAUGAUCACAAAGAGAAUGGGGAAGAUGGGGUGCUUCAAGAGAUGGUCAGGGUUGGAACAGUUGAGAAACUAUGUAUGGUGCUACAAGUAA